GUGUGUGUAUCUAUGAAUGUGUACAUAUGUAUAUGUAUGUAUGUGUUCAUAUCUAUGUAUAUGUACAUAGAGCGCAGGAGAACAGUACCAGUGAUGAUGAUGAUGAUGAGGAUGAAGAAUGGUUCAGCAGGUCAUCAGGUCUUGUUCUCCCUCAGAUGCCUGUGAACUCACACUGGACCCCAACACGGCCAAUAGACGACUCUCUCUGUCUGAGGACAAAAGGAAGGUGACGGUGGUUGGAGAGGACCAGUCGUAUCCGGAUCACCCAGACAGAUUUGACUACUGGUCCCAGGUGUUGGGUAGGGAGGCUCUGACUGGCCGCUGUUACUGGGAGGUAGAGCGGGAAAGAUGGGUUAAUAUAGGAGUGACAUACAGAGGAAUCACAAGGAGAGGAGGGGAUGCCGACAGCAGGCUUGGAGGGAACAACAAGUCCUGGAGUCUUUAUUGUUAUGAUGGUCGUUACUAUGCCCGGUACAACGGUAGAGAGACAGACCUCCCUCUCCCCCCCGCUGGCCCCACCAGAGUAGGAGUGUAUCUGGACCGGCCUGCUGGCUCUCUGUCCUUCUACAGAGUGUCCCCAGGUGGAGGAGGGUCCUCAGACUCACUGACACACAUCUACACCUUCUGGUCCUCCUUCACCCAGGAGGACCUCCUCCCGGGGUUGGGGUUCUGGGUAUGGCGGCGGGGGUCCUCAGCCUCUCUGUGUCGGUUGUAGAAAAACAAAACAGGCGUGGGGCCCCGGGGCCUCAGAGGUGGGGGGGGGGGACAGACUCAGUGUCGUAAAAAAAAAAGUGCA